AUGCAUCGCUUUUUUGCAGAGCUGGAGCCAUCUCUAUCCGUCACUGAGCAAAACCUGGCAGACCGAGUUAGGUACAUCCUGCGCUCCAACAUAUUUGGUGACGCCGAACUCGGGCGACUACGACGUAAGGCUAUUCCUCCAUCGAAUGGAAAUGCUACGGCUGGGAAUGCGGCGCCACUAGAUGCGCAACAAACUGCAUAUGUGGAUGCUGCCGUCAACAUUCCAUUUGUGGCUAAUUCAGACGAUGAUGGAAUAGUCUCCCACGAACUAGAGAAAAUGAGGAGCAUAUUGGAAGAGUCGAUGCUGGAAACGCGCAGCAUACCUCUCGAAAAUCGACCGCGACUUACCCGCAUACCCCUUAGCAAGCGAAAUCGGGCUGUCGUGCGGGCUCUUAACCCAAUGCUGGUGACCUAUUUGGAAGCCAGCUGGGACCUUUGCGAGACGGAUUCAAUUCUUUUUGGCGCCGCACUGGCAGUAUGCCGUAUUAUUGGCGCCAAACUUCCCGUGGCUGGACGUGCUACUCAAAAAAGUAGCGCCAUCCCAGCCUGGAGAAAAAGAAUUGAGGAACGUAUCGCAAAGGCAAGGGCCCUUAUCGGCAGACUGACAAGCUUCAGGUCGGGUAAUAAUAGACCGAGGAUUAUGCGCACCGUUAGGAUGGCGUUUGCUGGGACAAAUAUCAGUUUGUUCCAGCCGGAUAUCACGCAAAAACUAACGGAGCGCAUAGAUGACCUGAAGCAAAAAAUCGCUGCUUGGGGGAAGCGGAUUCAGCGAUAUACCGAGAGGUCGACACGGUUCAACCAGAAUCGUCUCUUCCAGAGUGAUCAGAAGAGGCUCUAUAAAUCAUUGGAGCGACCAGAGGUAUGUGGAGCGGGCCCAGGACUGGAUCAGGCUGACACUGUCACCACCACAGCGAAACCACAGCGAGAGCCCUUGGAUGGAAGUUGUGGCGAGCCAGAGUGCAAGUGUUACGCCUAUGGACCCCGUCACCAUAACGCCUGA